UUGAAUAGUUACCGGAAAAGUUGGCACAAUCGUUACACAACUGUAGACUCGUUAAAGCAUUAUGUAAAUACUUAACCUUGAGUUAUUGUCUUAUCGAAGCGCAUCCUAGGUUUCUGUAUUCUUCAGCCUAUUGUAGUCUCCUGGAUUCAGUAUAUCGAAGUUACAGUCUUCAAAAAGCAAAUAAACAAAAGCAAUCGAUAAUGAUUUGGGUUUUCCUAUUUGUUUUAUACUCUUUCGUUCUAUGUGAUGACGAAAAAUUAGAUGCUCAUUUCAAUGGAGUUCAUCGUAUUCCUGAGUUUGUUCUUCCAGAAAUGCAUUUUGAGGAUCGGCUUCAUAUGUAUUUCAAAAAAAUUGAUACAAAUAGUAAUGGGUUCAUUGAAAAUGAUGAAUUAGCCUCAUGGAUUUAUAAGACUUAUGAAUCAUUAGACCGUGAGCAUGCAGAGCAACAACUUAUGAGAUUUGAUGUAAAUAAAGACGGAAAAGUUUCGUUCGAAGAGUACACAAGCCAAACAUAUGAAACCUCUGAAGAGGAAUUAAAACAUUCAAAGGACGACCAAGCGUCAAAGUUUAUUCUGGAGUCAUUAAAAAAUGAACGAUUACGUUUCAAAUUUGCUGAUAAAGAUAAUGAUGGAUUACUAUCACUGGGAGAAUUCACUUUAUUCUUACGACCUGAAAAUUAUGAAGAUAUGGCAAAUUAUGAAUUGCAAAAGAGCUUUUCCAGUUUUGAUCAAAAUGGUGAUGGUGUGAUCACGAGAGAUGAGUUUACAAAUUUUUCUUAUCGAGGUUUAUCUCAAAAUAACUAUCUACAAGAACAGUUCAAUAGUCUUGAUGUUGAUAAGAACGACAUACUCACUUUAAAUGAACUAAAACCAUGGUUAUUACCUUCCUUAAAAACAGCCGCAAAAUCAGAAGCAACACGAUUGAUGAAUCUCACAGACUCUAAUCAUGAUGACAAGCUUACAUUGGAAGAAAUUUUGGCUAAAUCACAUUCGUGGAAAGAUAGUCAAGUUGUGAAACAUGCGCGAUCAUUAUGGGAUGAAUUGUAACGUAAACAAGGACAGCGUAUUUUCCACCCUUAUCUGCGUAACUGAAUUGUAUCCAGUUAAAUGAUGUAGUUGUAGUGUAUGAUGGCGUUGAUCAUUCCAUGUCUUUCUAAGUUAGUAGUAAUAAAACAAUAAAUUUUUGUUUUUACCUUUUACUUUAAGCUUUGUUUUUCUCACCUUUUUUCUGUGAUCUGCUAUCGAACAAUCAUUGUUUCUAUUUGCUCUCACACUAUCACUAUAAACUCAGCUGUACAUUAUGUUUUUCUCUUGUGGUUACCUGUCGCAAUGUAUCCUUGAUAUUUUUAUCAGUUAUCUUCAAUUAAACAUUCCGUAAAAGUAUCUUCUGUAGUUAAAUGUUAUUAUUUUAUUUUUCAUCUUAAUAACCAUGUUAUUUACGUAAACAAUAUGUAGGUGGUCUAAGAAAG